AUGGACGGUCGUCUAAUACGCAUGGUUCGGGAGCGUGCGGCGGAGCAAGCACCCGCGAGCGGCCAGCAAGGAGGAAUCGGUGAAGGAGGAGCUGAGCACAAGGCUCCUGGUGCCGUGGGCAUUGAUGGAGGAGCCGUUGCACCGACCAUUGACACGGGAAUGAUCGGGGCGAGCUACGGCCAAUUCAAGUUUGGAGCACAUCUCCGUAACGCCGCUGCUGGAGGGAAGGCACGACCUUACCGCACCCAGCUAGCCCAACUCAGGAAGGGAGAUGAUGAGACGGCGGAAUCCUACUGCAAUAGGGCCCGCACCAUCCGAGCGGAGCUGCUGACCAUUGGACAGGAGGUCCACAUGGCCACGUUUGCCGCUCACGUGCUGAAGGGUCUGCCACCAGAGUACGGGUUCCUUCGCCGCAAGCUAGACAUCUCCAGCCCCGACAUGACGGUGGAACGUGUGUGCAGCGAGGUGUUGAUGGAAGAGCAGACUCUCUCCAUCAAACAUAGUUACAAGCAGAUCACCAGCGAUGCAUCUGCUUUCUCGGGAGCUGUCAACACGGUCGUGGCUACAAUGGGGGUCAACAACGGGAAGGAAGGAAAAGGGGGGAAGGAGCAGACGGACAAGAAGAAGGAUGGCAAGCGGGAAAAGAAGCGAGGCUCCUUCAAGGGGCGCUGCUACAACUGCAAUGAGGAGGGGCACAUGGCUGCCAAGUGCCCCAACAAGAAGGAGACGGGAAGGGCAUGGCGCUCACCGUCGCGUCUCUUGGACAAGGGAGCAAAGCUGCAAACCGAGGAAGGUGUCACUCGCAUCAUCGCAUCAGGAGGUCAAGUGGCUGCAACGGCACGAUACCGCCAUCGCCUUCACUGCCUUGACCUGAAACCGGGGCCAGCAAGGAACGGUGCAACGGCUGCAGCGGCAUGCAACUGGACGGCGGCUGCAGCGGCAUGCACCGAUAUGGCGGGUGGAGCGGCGAGCAACGGCACAGGGGCUGCAGUGGCAUGCAACGGCACGGCGGCUGCAACGGCAAGCAACGGCACGGUGAAGGAGAUUGCUGAUGUGGCGUCAGGCAAGCCGGAAGCUAAUGAUGGAGCGGCCAGCCUCAAGACUUACGUGGUGGGCUCCAAGGCAACGCCCAACCUGUGGCACGCUCGCCUUGGACACGUCCACUUUGAUGCGGUGAAGCGGACAGCCAUGAGCGGUGGCGUGUUCGGUAUGGACCUGGAGAAAGGAGGUGAGGAUAUGCCGAGCACCUCCUGCCAUGAAGCCAAACUCACUCGCGAAUCAUUUCCGCUGCACAACGAGCGAGAGGAGCAAGUUCUUGGGCUGCAAGGCACCUACUGCACCUCCUCCUUUCGGUCCACCUCCGUUGCUGAUUCGGCGCCCGUGGGACCAGAAGAUGGUCCCCUUGAGGAUGGAGGCGAUACGGCCGAUCUUGAGGCGGACGGAAGAGUCGCAGUGGAUGAGCAGCCGCCAGUGGCUCAUGCGCAUGAGCCGUCACUUACAGCUCCUCCCAUCCAGCCCAUUCCACAACCCCCACGUCGCUCCAGCAGGCCUAACAAGGGGGUGCCACCCGUUCGGUUCCAGCCCUCAGCCCUGACGGCCCAAGAUGCGGACGAUGAGGAGAACCCGUACAACAUGGCGUACCUUGCUGAAGACGACUGCGAUACGGACAGCGAUGACAAAGGGGAGUACCCGGACGAGGAUGAGGAGGAGGAAGGCGCUUGGGGAGGUGUCAUCCUCGACCUGGCAGCUGCGUUGACCGGACCUGAAGGCAAGGAAUGGUGGGCUGCUAUGAAGGAGGAGAUGGAGAGCCUUGAUGAGCAAGGCACUUGCCUUGUGGACCAGGCCCUAUACUACAAGGAUGGGGCGAGCGGGAAGCGCGUGUGGCUGCUAAUUUACGUGGAUGACCUGCUAGCGGCAAGUGAAGACAAGCAGCUGUUGCAGGACUUGAAGGAACUGCUGGCCAAGGCGUUUCAGCUCCGUGAGGUGGAGCCAGUGGAACGCUACCUGGGGCUGCAGAUUGUGCGCAAUCGCCCCAACAAGACACUCCUCCUGCAUCAGAAUGCGUACGUGACGAAGGUGCAGCAGCGGUUCUUCAAGGGGGCGCCACCGAAGAAGCAGCCCAUCACCCCUCUCUCCUCCGCCAGCUUUGCCAAGCAGGAUGCCGGGAAAUUUGCCGACCAAACCAUGACCGAGUACCAGUCAGUUCUCGGCAUGGAGGUCGGGGCUGUGAUUGCUCCUAGUGGGAGGCGCAGCAGCGGCAAGGGCGGCGGCAAGGGCAAGGGGGGCAAGGGUGGUGGCGGGGGCGGCGGUGGCGGCAGUGGUGGCGGUGGAGGAGGCAGGGGGGGUGGGGGUGGAGGUGGGGGUGGUGGCGGGAUUUUGGGCGUCAGUGGCGGCGGUGGAGGUGCUGGAGGCAGCGGCAGCGGUGGUGGAGGUGGCGGCGGCAGUGGUGGUGACCGGAGUGGAGCCACGCAGCGUGGAGCCUUUUGGCGGUGGUCGGCGACAGCAGCAGCUGCGCUCGCGUAA